AUGAGCCCCAAAUCAGAACACGAGGGCGACACUGCCGUCAAAGAUGUCAAGUGUGAUGAGGUCGAGAACCCCAGUGCUCAGUACUCAUCAGAUGAAAAGGUGGUACAGAGACAACAGGUUUCGCCCGCCGAAAUCCAAGGUCGCUUCGAUCUCCUACGCGACUUGAGUGAUACAGAGAUGGAGAAGCUUAACAAGAGUGUCGUGAAAAAGAUUGAUUGGCGUAUGAUGCCAACUAUAACGCCUAGUUACCUUGAUCGAAUCAAUGUAUCCAAUGCGAGAUUGGCCGGAAUGCAGGAAGACUUGCAUAUGACAGACACCAUGUGGAAUUUGGGUAUCUCGACGUUCUAUAUCGGCUAUCUUAUUGGUCAGCUACCCGGAAAUCUGUGGUUAGCGAAGGCAAACCCCAGAUGGUUCCUUCCGUCAACCAUGCUUGCAUGGGGAGCAGCGACGAUCUGUACCCCGGCUCUGAAAAAUGGCCCCGGUUUCGCUGUUUUACGAUUCUUCAUUGGUCUCGCUGAGGCCCCAUUCUUCCCUGGUAUCACCCUAAUGACAUCUUCUUGGUAUAACAAGCACGAGAGCCCCACCCGUAUGGCAAUUUGGCAUGCAGGAAACACUAUUUCCAACAUCAUUUCCGGAUUCCUCGCCGCAGGUAUCCUGACCACAAUGGACGGUGUAUCUAACCUACACUCUUGGCAAUGGUUCUUUCUCAUUGAGGGAAUAGCGACCUUCCUUAUCGCGAUUUCAGCCUAUGCUCUUCUCCCGGACUGGCCACACAACACCCGCUUCCUCACACCCGCCGAGCGCGAGAUGGCGCAGUAUCGAAUCCUCUGCUCCAAUGGUGGCCAAGAAGAGACGGUAGGCGGAACAUGGGACGGCUUUCGGGAUGCUGUCAAGGACCCCUUCACUUGGAUCUUCUGUCUUAUGCAUUUCGCUCUUGUUACUGCACAGGCUGUUAAAGACUUCUUGCCCUCUGUAAGCCACCCAGUUAUUGUCUUUUAUUUGUGGACACGCCGAGCGCCUAACCAAAGCCAGAUUGUAAACACAUUCGAUUUCGGUGAACUCACCACAUACUUCAUUCAAGCGCCACCCUAUGCCUUUGCGUACGCCUUCGCUUGUGCAUGCGCCUGGUCGUCUGGUCGCAGACAAGAAUCGUUCUGGCACGUUGUGCUGCCUAUUAUUGGCAGCGCCAUUGGAUGUUCCCUACUUAUUUCGACUAUGAAUAUCGGUGCUCGGUACUUUGGUCUUUUCUUGCUCAUUUCCGGCACAUACAACGGUCUCAAUCUCCAAUUGUCCUGGGAAACUUCCGUUGUGCCGGCCCCGAGGAGCAAGAAAGCCGCGCUGAUUGCUAUCGCCAACUGCAUCAGUCAGUCCAGUCAUUGGUUUAGCCCUUAUUUUUGGCCGCGCUCUCACGAGCCGUUUUAUCGCCUGGGAGGCGGUUUGGUGCUGGUUGGUUGUGUCAUGGUUGUCGUCUCGGCUUGGUUGGCCAAAUGGCGUGCAGUCAAGCUAAAUAAGAAGUUGGACGAGGCGGAGGGUUACUCUGAGCAUUCGGGCGUAGAGAGAGGCUGGAGAUUUGCUUAUUAA